AUGAACAACCCGAGCUAUAAUCCGCAAGCAGACAACCGAUCUCGUAGUCCGAGGGCUCUCGACUCUAAUAAUGCUGCCGCCCGCUUUCGCUCUCGCACUCGAUUGACUCACUCGGCUCAGUCUGAUCGAGACUUCGGUCCUGUCGACAAAGACUGUCCUCCUGUGGACUCUUCCCGACACUCGAAUUUCGCUGCUAACCGUCCCCCCAAUCAAUACAACAGAACCCAUGGGACACCGGACAGUGGGCACCAGAAAGACCAUGCACAUUUCUCGACUCAGGACAUAUAUGUGCCUGGGGGUACUGAGGCUGAGGUGCCAACACGAAGAUCCCUGGCGCCCCUUUCGCUUGGAGGUCGACCUCCGCUUGAUCAGGCCCUGGCUGUGGACGACCAUGAACAGGUCCGUCGUAAUGUAGCGACACUCGGCGAGCAGCUCGGUGCAGAAAAGGCUGAGCGGUGUCGUCAGAUUGAAGAACUCAAGGUUCAGCAAGCUGAAAAGUUCGAGGUCAUUAAGCGCCGAAACGCCGAUGCCAUUGCGACUAUGAAGUCCGAGCAUGAUGAGGCCAUUGCUUCUUUGAAGACCAAGUUUGACGAUGAUCUCCAGGCUCUAAGGUCACAGUAUGCAGGGAGACUUGGAGAGGUCGAUGCUCAGAACACCCGCGCCAAUGACACUGCGACAACCCAGGCGCGUCUCAUCGAUGAUAUGAAAAUACAGUCUAUCAUAUUCUCAACACACCUGGCCAUUCUUAACACUAAACAGUCUGAGACAGAGCGUCGGUGUAAUGAGCAGGCAGGCCUAAUCAAGACCCUCCAGGAGGAGAACGAGAGACUCAGACAGUCCGCUCCUGAACAUACAUCGACUGUGUUUGAUGAAUGGUCACAGGUUGAUGUAGCCGCCGGCAAUGGUUCCUCUUGA